CUCUCUCAAAUUCUGAAUAAAAUACAAUAGGUAAGAAUAUAAAAAUCGGUGAAGCUAAACGUAACUUUGGACAAAUACAUAUAACCCUGAGUUUGAAAAAUUUCAAAAAAAUUGCUAUUAAAAUGCAUCCUCAAUUUAUAAGGGCCUGCUUGUGGAUUGGAAAUUUUUGAUCCACAAUUGGGACUUUUUGGGUCUUAGAUUUUUCCCCUGCAACUUUUUAUCCGUGAAACAUUGAAAUUUUUCCCAGUGAUAGGUUGUUAUGGAAGCUACCUUCUAUUCAUGUAUGAGUACAAUUUUACAAUUGGGUGAAAAAACAGCCCCCAGACUUCAGUUUCGAACGAAAAAUUUUUUUCCAAUAUUUUGUGUAGGAAGGUUCCCUUUACAAGCACAGAUGAUAACAUUUGAAAAUUAAUGUUGAAAUUUACGCCCUACAGAAUUUUUUAAAAAAGGUGAUCCAAAACUGCUACUUUACCUGAUGUCCUGAUUUCCUUUUUGUUAAUUAUGUAGGCCUAAGUAAACAGGACAUCUGUUAAAAUAUUUACUUGGGUACUUCACUCAAUAACGCGAUCGUUUUCUGAUGUAGAGGGAGAAAUUAACAGAAAAUUUCAAAAACUACCAUAGAUGGAAAAAUUAAAUAUUAUUUCUUUGAAGAUAUGAAAAUAUAAACUAAUUCAAAUCCUCUUUGGCCAUCUGGAUAUCUGUUCAUGUACUCUCGUUCUGUUGGAAAAUUAGUGAUGGAAGUAUUGUGAUGUAAAAUGAUAUCUCUCAGGAUUCUAUUGCUAGCUCAGCAUGAUCUCAGGGUUGGACGAAUUGCGGAUGUAAUAAUUGGUUUCCCUCCCAAAUAUUAUGUACUAAUUUAUAUUACAAUGCAUAGGUACGUGGGGUUACAGUUGGAGCCAUUAAAUGAUUGAACUUUUGACGGAAUGAUAUAUUUGUGGUAAAGUUGGAAAUAUUCAUUGGAGUUUCAAAGUCCCGAAAGUUGAAUAAAAGUCCAAGACAAAUUCACAUUUAGGACAUUUAUUCUUAAUAAUUAAAGUGGAUAAAGCAAAGAUGAAUAAAAAGGAUUGUAAACCGUGGAGAGUUGGGAAUGACUAAAAGUUGUGAGCAACAAAAAGGAAAAUAAAUAUUAAAAAAAAGGAAAAUAAAGGAGAUAAUGUGAACCAAGAGUCUUUACUUGAAACUAAAAUGCACGUUGUGAGCCAACGCCAUUUUCAAACAAAAAGGAAAAUAAAGGAAGACAAUGUGAGCCAAGGUCUUGAACUUAGAAACUAAAAUGAGUAAAAUGAAUGAUGUGAACCAAAGCCAUUUGUGAUUAAAACCUAUCUGUGCAUUUCAAAGAGUGAUCCCAGACAGCUGAAGAUUCACUAAUUGACCCAUUGGGACUUGGCAUGCAAAACGAUGUCAUCACAGAUGAUGGCAAAGUCCGAGGCUGCAGAUGCCAAAAUUCAUCUAAGUUCAAUAUAUCACGAACAGUAGGAAGCUAAAGCUGGAAACAGUAGGAGCUACAGUUGGAAAUAUUGAAGCUUGAAACGGAUUUAUUGAUAUCUUCUGCUGGGAGGGCUCCUGCCCAUCCCAGGGAGAUGGAAGUAAAGUUGGAUCUAUACUUGGCGGCGUCGAUGUCUGCAGUCCUGCCUAUUUGUCUCGGAUCAGAGCUUUUAUAACGAACCUACAACGAAAAUCGGGUGACAAACAAGUGGGGUAAGUGGUGCACGCGUUGUACGCUUCUAGCGGCGCUAUCUCGCGCGGCUGGCUCUAAAAUUAUGUCAUACUCGACUAUACUCGGCGAUAUUCGUGAUAAACUUGUUUCCUAUUGGCUAUUAUCGCAACAGUGGAGGACAGCUUGGCACCACCACCUAAAAAACUUUUCUCCCAGUUAGGAGACAGGGAGUCAGGGACAUUUUCUCCCAUUAAAGGUGACUGAACUUUUUGUGUGUAAAUUUCUCUCAGUAUAAUUGACGGAUAAAAAUAUUUUUUUCCCACUUGAGUGGAAGAAAGCUGUGUAUUUUUCUCCCACUACACUGAGUCUUCAAAAACUUUUCAGAGCAUUUGUUCCUGCUGCUGAUUACCUAUUGUGCAGUUAUGCAUAGUUCCUAUGUUUCUUUUGAGAAUAAGAAAAGAAAUACGAGUACAUUGGUAAUUUCUGACAAAUACCAAGUCGAGUUUUCAGAUACCUACCUACCUAAUUUUGAAGAAAAAAAAAAUUAAAAACAAAAAUCUGGUAAUAUUAGUAAAAAUUAGCAAGUUUUGAAAAAAUAAAGACAAUAUAUAAAUUUUUUUGCAAAUACCUACACCGAUAAUUUUGAUAAUUUCAAGCAAAAAGCAAUAUUGACUGUUUUUGAUGAAAAUCACGAAUUUUUAUCAAUUGGGUGAUGGCCAAAAAAAUGAUUCUUUUUCACAAUGUUUAUUGAAAAUGGGAGAAAUGUUUCGUAUUUUUUAGCAAGAUUUGUUGGGUAAUUUUUAGGAAGGGGAAUGGUUACCUACCUACUGCUGGAAUUUUUUCUAUUUUUAGCAAAGAAACGAGCCUAUUUGGAAACUUUGACAAAUGGUAGAAUUUUUAGCCAUUUUGGGCAGAAAGGUAAAGGUACACAUUCACUAUUCUGCAAAUCUGCAUUGUAGCCAGUUGAAAAAAAAUACACAAGAGUAGGUACAUAAUAGUGCAUAGACCGAUACUUUCGAAAAUUGUUCAUGUUCACUUACUUACUGAUCCGGACAAUUUCUGAGCUCAAAAAUUGAGUCAUGAUUUUGAGAUUUCGAAAUGGGUCAAAAUUACGUGAGGUAUUUUACAUAAUUUGAUGAAAUUAUGUUUUGAACAUUUCUGGAGAAUUUUGUGCUCAAAAUUUUAAUGGAUCAUCUUUUUUAGAUAAAUUGUAACUUGAGGAAGUGUCGUGUGACUUAGGUAUCAAAGUAGGGAGAAACAACUCGAGGAAUUCAGGGAAAAUGAAGAAUUUGCCGUUUUGAAAUUUUUGCGCAAUUUUGAUUUUGACUUGUGACAAAAUUCUGAGGAGAAAUCUUAAAAAUGUACCAGGUAAUGUUAAACUUAUGAAAUUUCUCAAAAACUGUACUGUCUUUUAUGUUUGAACGGUUUCUACACCUUGGAAAUGGUCAACACGUUAACAGUUUCCAAAAUAUUGACUAGUUAACGAAGUAUUGCGGUGCAUGGUGCAACUGCAAGCUACAUUGACCUACCAGCACGUGGCACAGCCACAGAUGCAAGCUAUAGGAAGCGGUUGCAUCGCCGCAGUCCACACCUCCUCUAUUUGUUGCUUGUUGCCAGUCGUUGCUCUCCUUCAGGCUUCAGUUGUUCAGUUGUUUGUGUGAUUUCUGUGUACUACAGUUGUGUUUUGCUUACGAUCAUAUGUUGCUAUCUAUAUGUAGUUGUUGCGAAAUGUUGCUAAUGUUUUAAUCGUUUCAAAAUAAUAAUUCUUGAAUGCUGUGUUUGAGUGGAUCGGAAGUAUUCUUCAGUUGAUUGCUAAGGAAGCUGCAGAUCAUGUCAGACGAUGAGAAUCUUCGUCAAGAGUUCAACGCUACAAAACGUGACUUUGUUGCACCUGAAGGAUUACUGAACUCGGCGUUGGAUGAUUCCUCAACUCACCAAAUAAAGAAACAGAAACUGGAUGGCCAUUCUCGAGAAGGAGUGGAAACUGCUCAUAUCGAUUUGGAAGAUAAAAAUACGUACGUCCAACUCGUACCAAGUUUGGAAAAAAUGGCUGUACUCGCAGCGACUUUGGAAACGUUGCAUCAUCACUACUCUCAAAACUAUUACGAUUAUUUUAGACAUGCGAACAAUGUAAUCGAUAAAUUGAUGGUCCCAAACCGCAUCAGAGGAAAAAUGACAGCACUUUGUGCUGAGAUGCAAAAAGAAAUGCAUUCACUAAGAUUUAAUACGGACCGGGGCGCACUUCAUAGGCCUAUCCUGAGAUUAGCCGAUAUGUACUACGAUGACGACUCGUAUUUUUAUGUCUAUGGACUGGUUUGGGACUCAAAUGGUCACAUUGAUGACAAAAAAACGAUAGAGAAAGCGUUAUCAUGUUGGAGGUAUUCGAAUGGUGGCGAUUUCAAAUUCGAAAUGAUGGCUAAAUACUGUUUAGUCGAUUAUAUAAUAGAUUUUCCUCUGGAUUCAUUGAGUAAAGCGUUCAUUUCUAGAUCUGUGAAAGGAGACAAACUAACAAGGUGCUGGAUAGAAUAUAAAAGAAUGAGUACUCAUGAUAGAGACGAUGCAAGCUUUAAAUCUGCUUUCAUUAGUGUACUUGAUUCGUUGAAAUCGUGUUACGGCGUCUAUCAAUGGUCUACGUACGAAUACUUCUGGGAAUUUUUCGAUGAAGACGAUCAAACGGAAAUGGCCAUAAAUUUAAUUCUAAACGAGAGUUACAAAAGAUACCAGAAGAUGUUAUUCUCAAAGUUGAAUAAAAGUCAGCUCGAGCAGUUGUAUUCCGAAGUACCUAUUACAAUUAUCGUCAGCUUUGCGUUUUUGAGAGAAUUCGAGCUAGCGGAGGCUGUUUGGGAUCGUAUCAAGUUGACAAUUGAAUGUGAGGAAUACGAAUUUAUACUCGAACAUAUCUGGAAGAAUGGAAUACCAGAUGAAGAAAGCUGUAUGGAAUUUUUUAUUUAUUCAUGGAACACUGCACCUUUGAAUUUAAUCGAGUACAUGGUGAACGUGAAAAAUUUUCAAAUUGCGAAUCAGCUGAUAGAUGGAAGUCCGAUGCUUGAAAGUUCCGGUAGGUUUAAAUUUCUGAAAGCUGUUUUAUCUCGAACAACGCUCGAAUUCAGACGGAGAUAUUUGCAACACGCUGGACCAUGUUUAUCAUUGAAUCAUCCGGAUGUGUUCAGUUCACUGAUAGAUCAUUGUCUGGACGAAACUGAACGUGUUUCAGUCAAGGAAAAUAUACUCAUUCAAGCAAUGCAGUCGAAUCUACCAGCUGGAAUUAUGCACCGUUUUCGAGAUCUAUUCUACUCGAAUCGCGAAGAAUUUAACAAAUUCCUCGAGUUAUUCACUUUGAAACCAACGUUACAGACAAGUUUUAAGAAGUGUUUGUUAAAAUCUGGAUUACUAACCACCAAUGUGCUGUGGAAAGCUGAAAAUUGGCAAACACUGUCUCAAUUUAUUGACGAGUUGUAUCCGAACCGAGAAGUAUCUAGAUUAGAAAAGAGAAAAGUUGUUUUCACUUUCUCGCGCACUCACUGCAAUUAUCGCGAUUGUUACCGUCCAAAUGGCGAUGAGAAGUUUACCGAGAUCGAGAAUCUGUUAACUCAAGUUCUCACCCCUCGAGAAGUGAUCACUGCCAAAGAAAAUAUAGGCGAUAAAUUUUUAGAAUCGUGUCGAACCGAUUACGGUGGGAUCAGAUCUUUGAAAAAAAUGAAUCUGCAGAAAUUCGCUACGUGGUGUUAUUGCGGUGAUGAAAGUAACAUAGAGCGAUUCAGACGUUCGCUACCGAUUAAUAAAUUAUUUCAUUCUCUUUUGAGCCAAGUAGUCGAACGGUACGUUAAUUGCAGAGAUGUAACGUUAUCAUUUUCUUCAUUAGACGAUCUCAUACAUUGGAAAUUUUCAUCGAACAGAAGCGAAAUGAAAAAAUUCAAGUCGCGUGAAAUAUACAGAAUCAUGAAUGAAAAGGUAGAAGAAAGUUUUAAAUGGAAAAAGCACAAAUAUCCGUCUAUCUUGAAGAAAAUUAUCGAAUGGGUUUUCGAUGGCGAUAGGCGUCAGAUUCGAGAAUUUGAGCAACGUUACUCAGAAAGCGAUACGAUGAAGAUUAUUCACUGGAUGUAUUUGUCAGAAGAGACCACCGACUGUGCAGAGUACUAUUAUCAUUCCAGUGAUGAAUCAGAUAGUGGAAGGCGCCCGCGUCAUCCUGAAAGACUGACAAUGAGUUAGACGAAUUUUGAUUAUGAUUAGGAAGACUACAUCCUUAGCAUGUACGGAAAAUCCGACUAGUGCGUCUGAUUCUUAUUAAUUUAUGGAACUUAUAUUACUUAUGCCAUACCUGCAUCUUUUGCCCACCUUUAAAAUAACCUACUAUGUGAUAAUAUUGUAAUACCUAGUAUACCUAUAUAGGUACGUCUUAUUUUUACAAUUAUAAUUUUUUUAAACCUAAUACAAAUUUUU